GAAAAACAAAACAAAUAAACAACUUAUAAACCUCGAACGUUCGGUAUUUUACGAGAAAAUCUCAAACCUCGGCCUUGCCUUAUUGACCUCGAAACUGCUCGGUCAAUUUUUGAGAUUUACUAGUAGUUAGUAACAAUUUAGAGACUAAUCGGGUGAGUGAUUUCGAAAUCGGCCGAGCGUGCAGCGUGACCCCGACACGAUAUAAAGGAGUAAGGUACUCCGUCUUUACUUAUGAUACAAGGUUAACACACUAUAUAGGUUCCACGAACGUCACCAAUAACAUUCACGGAUGUUUUUACCCACGUUUCACCAACAACUGCUACGUCCUUCCAGUCUCAUAGAGGCGCCAGGGACAGUCAAGGGGUCACACGGGAGACUGGGACGGGACUGCUAUUCUCGCUCGAUAUGUCCUCUGGGAUGGUACUUGCGUGAAAAGUGUUCGCAAAGGAAUACCUCGUUCAAUGUUUUCAUGUCAUGAUACUGAGUUUUCCAUCGUUCCAUUCGUUUACUCUUGGCGACAUAAUGGAAGACACAAACCAAAGCCCCACUGACCAGCGAGGGCUUAAACUUCAAAAUAUUAUCCAGAAAUUAUCAGAACAUUGUGACAUAAAAAAUCCUGAAGAACUAGAGACUAUUAUUGAUGAAGAAGAAACUGAUUCUCAGCAAGGUGUUCCAAAGACCAAGAGAAGAAAACACGAUACCAGCGACACCAGUGUUAAUGGGUCAAAGGAUGAUGCGUUCUGUCUACACUCUUCAACAGAAAAAAAUACACAGGGACAAAACAGUGACUUAAAACUGAGAAGUAAUAUAAGAAAAUCCGAACAGCAAGAAGAUAAUAGUUGUAAAGCUUCCUCGACACCGCUGCCCCCUGAGAGAAUCAGUGCACGAAUAAGAAGUUUAAAAUCCAAGAAGGUGGCUUACAGAGAAGACUGGGUGGACCCUGACCAGAUAAGACUUUCAGGGCAAAGGGUGCAUGUACAGUCAAAUAAAAACAAUUCACAUCAGGAAAUUACUAAAACUAAGACUGUUAUAAGGAAAAGAAAACGGAAAAAGAAGGAGAGUUUUCAAAGUGUGGAAGAUUAUGUCAACGAAGCACCCUUAAUCCAUGUUGGUAAUUUAGUGGGUCUGCGGAAGUGUUGUUUGUGCGCUGUUAUGUUUGUGGAGAAAGAGCAGCUCCUCGAUCAUAUGAAGGCUGUUCACCAUUUAGAUGACAAAAUGAACAUUUCAAAAGAAGCCGCUACAGAAUGUUUGAAGGGUGAUGACAAAAAAGAUGCUCAGUCCAUUCCAGAUGAGAAACCCUUUAAAUGUUCACAGUGUCAAUCAUCAUUCAGGAAAAGCAGCGGACUUAAACAACAUGUGACAAGACAGCAUUCCCAGAAUACACCACAAAAAUCAACUCAAGCUCAGACCAACCAAUCCAGUAAAAAGAGCAGCUCUGCUAACGACAGACCUUACGCAUGUCAGGUUUGUGGGAAAGCGUUCAAACGGAAACAUCAUUUACAAGAGCACAGUUACAUUCAUUCAGAUGACAAGCCCUACAAAUGCGACACUUGCAGCAAAACUUUCAAUCAGAGAAUAUGUCUUACGAAGCACCUUCCAUGCAGAGAACAUGAAAAACAACAUCGAAAACCUACCUGCACCAAAACGUUAGAGACUGGUACGAGUGACGUAUCACAUGAGCAGCCUCAAAAUCAAGGGAACGACCAACUGUUUGAUUUCAAAGAAACGGAAGUACGUUUAACAGGAAGCGGAAGUAUAUGCCGCUUGGCUGAAAAAAUUGAUUCAAAUUCGGAGAGAAGUUCAAGUUUAGGCCCUUGUAAUGCACCGGAAGUGAAGUGGCACGUUAACGGAAGUGAGCAUGAUGGUAAGUCACAUUUGUCAAAUGGUGUGCCAUUGCGUGACAACCUAUCAUCGAAAGACACCGAAAAUCACGCCACUAACGCAGUGGAAUGUGAAGAGAGUGUGACAGAUAACAGCAGGUUGAAUGUUUCUGGUGUAUCGUCAAACACAUCUGCUUUAACUGCAGUCACAAACGAUCAAACCUGUUCUGUCAAGAAACAAACAGCGACGUCGCAAGGAGAAACUUAAGAAGCAUGUGAAGGUCGAAUUUAAACUAACAGUGUAUUAUGUUAGUAACUGUUGUCUUAUUUCAUACACUUACGUGAACAAGACCAGCUUUACGUGUCUGUCAGUCGAUUGUGAAAUACUCACUGUGAUAAGAGCUGCUGAUGCAUAUCUUGACAUACUGUAAGUGCGUACGUACGUACUGUAUCGACAGUCACAAAUCAACUGUUAUGUUAACUGAGCUUUAUAAAUGAGCCGAAGUAAUCAUAGCAUUUAAUCCUGAAGUAUCCGCUAUUGUCAAAAAGGUCUGAAUGAAAAACCCCGAGAUUAUCUACAGAUUAUAUACAGUCAUCCUGCUAUAGGUGCCGCUCAUUUUACAAAUUUGUAAGCCUCAACUGCGUGGCUUCAGAUCAAGGAGCAUACUGAAAAUCUUCUAUUUUAAGGUACCCUUUUUACCAUUUAGGGUGGGACAAGAAAUGUUGAAUCAAUCAUUUUGUGUAUUUGCAUCACCCGACGUACAACGAGUGGGUUACAAUUUCUGUGACCUAUUUUUUUUUUUUUAUAAAUAACAAAAAAAAAAAAAAAAAAAAA